GAACAAUUCAAUAUACAGAAUAUUUUCCCUCUUAUUAUUUUCUACAUGGUAUCAGAGCGAGAUUCCUAGGGAAAAUCCUAAUCUAGACAAACAACGGUCAAUCACUGUCUUCUGCCGGAUCACCAACACCGAACGCCGGACUAUUCUCCUCGACCGUCGACAUGGCAGAAACAGAAGAAAAUCUCGUCGAAGAAAAAAUGUCCUACUUGUUGCCCCAUCUUCACUCUGGUUGGGCGGUUGAUCAAGCCAUCCUCGCAGAGGAGGAGCGCCUCGUCCUUAUCCGCUUCGGUCACGACUGGGAUGAGACCUGUAUGCAGAUGGAUGAAGUACUGGCUUCAGUUGCGGAGACGAUAAAGAACUUUGCUGUCAUAUACCUAGUGGACAUCACCGAAGUACCUGACUUCAACACAAUGUAUGAAUUGUACGACCCCUCAACGGUGAUGUUCUUCUUUAGGAACAAACACAUCAUGGUCGAUCUCGGCACCGGGAACAACAACAAGAUCAAUUGGGCACUGAAGGACAAACAAGAGUUCAUUGACAUUGUUGAGACCGUUUACCGUGGUGCAAGAAAGGGCCGUGGUCUCGUCAUUGCCCCAAAAGAUUACUCUACCAAGUACCGCUACUGAGUGCCUGCCGUUUGUCGCUUACAAACAUGGGCUUGUUGUUUCUCUCAUUGCUCUGUUCAAAGAGAGGGAGGGUCAAAAAGGUAAGCACAAAGUGUAAGGGGCUGUUUGGCAACUUCUGAAUCGGUAAGUGCUGAACCAGUAAGAGGUCUGAACCAUUAAGUGCUGAACCAGUAAGAGGUCUGAACCAUUAAGAGCUAGUAUAUUGCUUAACUAUUCAGAGGCAAAUGUCUGAUCAAUUCAGAUAAGAGGUCUUAACCAUUCAGACUCUGUAUAAUACUUAACCAUUCAAAGGCAAAUCUCUUAACCAUUCAGACAUCUGAACCAUUAAGAGGUUGAAACAAACAGUCUGAACCAUU